AUGUCGUUGCUGGACGGACCAGGAAACGUGCUAGCUCACGCUUUUUUACCAUCGUCCGAGGUGUCAGAGGUGCACGUGGAUAACGCGGAGAAGUGGCACAUCGAGCUGACCGCUAAUCCUGACGAUACGAUUCAUCUGCUGCAUACGUUGACGCACGAGAUCGGUCACGCGUUAGGAUUAUAUCACAGUCCUCUGAAAAAUGCGAUAAUGUACGCUUUUGUUCCCUCUAAGACCUUUCCCGUGCGAUUGAGCAAGGCGGAUUUUCUCGCCAUUCAGAAUUUAUACGGUUUAAGAAAUAAGAGCAAAAUUGCGAGACCAGUUACGACGAUCGUAGCGACGACCAUGAUCGCGACGCGCGACACGGGGGAUUCCGCGGAUCUAUGCGCGUUGCGACGCGUCGAUGUGGUGUUGGUGUUAGAAAAUAGAAUGUACGUGGCGUAUCGACACUACUUAUGA